AUGGCGCCCAAGAAUAAAUUCGAGCUCAAGACCCCCAAGGGUACAAAGGACUGGGAGGGGAAGGAUAUGGUUAUUCGUGACCACAUCUUCAACACCAUCACCCAAGUCUUCAAGCGCCACGGCGGAGUCACGAUCGAUACCCCCGUCUUUGAGCUCCGAGAGAUCCUCGCUGGAAAAUAUGGAGAGGACAGCAAGCUCAUCUAUGACCUUGCUGAUCAAGGUGGUGAGAUCUGCUCUCUGCGAUAUGACUUGACAGUCCCUUUCGCCCGCUUCCUAGCCAUGAACAAGCAGAUUCAAAACAUCAAGAGAUAUCACAUCGCCAAGGUCUACCGCCGAGACCAACCUGCCAUGACCAAAGGUCGCAUGCGAGAAUUCUACCAGUGCGAUUUCGACAUUGCCGGCACCUACGACCCCAUGCUGCCCGACGCCGAAGUCAUCCGCAUCAUCACGGAAGUAUUUGAGGGACUUGGUUGGAACGGUGGAUACACGAUCAAGCUAAAUCACCGAAAGAUUCUGGACGGUAUUUUCCAAGUCUGUGGAGUCCCCGAGGACAAGAUCCGCACCAUUUCCUCGGCCGUCGACAAGCUCGACAAGCUGCCUUGGGCUGAUGUGCGAAAGGAGAUGACCGAGGAAAAGGGACUUGACGGCGAUGUCGCUGACCGAAUCGGAGAGUGGGUUGUUCUCAAGGGCAAGCAGGAUCUGCUGCAGAAGCUUCAGAGCACAGAGAGCUUGGCCGCAAACGAAUCCAUGAAGAAGGGAAUGGAAGAUCUUGCUCUGCUGUUUGAGUAUCUAGAGGCCUUCGAUUGCCUGGAUCGAGUUUCUUUUGACCUCAGCUUGGCUCGAGGCCUCGACUAUUACACCGGACUUAUCUACGAGGUCGUCACCCAGGGCUCUGCUCCUGAGGUCACACCUGGGCAGGAGAAUGCUGAGUCUAAGCCUUCCAAGAAGAAGGGUAAGAAGGGCUCUGAGGAUGACGACCGUUCCGAUGACCCCACGGUCGGCGUAGGAAGUGUGGCUGCCGGUGGCCGGUACGACAACCUUGUUGGCAUGUUCUCUGGCAAGAGCCAAAUCCCCUGCGUCGGUAUCUCCUUUGGCGUCGACAGGAUUUUCUCUAUCACCAAGGCCAAGAUGGCCGCUGAGAAGAAUGCUGCUGUGCGUAACAAUGAUGUCGAUGUUUAUGUCAUGGCCUUUGGUCAGGGAUAUCUGAAAGAACGUAUGUCAGUGUGCGCUAAGCUAUGGGAGUCUGGAAUCAAGGCAGAGUUUCUUUACAAAGUUAAGCCUAAGCUGCCCGCACAAUUCAAGGCCGCCGAGGCCAAUGGUGUGCCAUUUGCUAUCUUCCUUGGCGAAGACGAAGUCAAGGCAGGCAAUGUCAAGAUUAAGGAGAUGGGACUCCAAGAAGGCCAUCCCGAGAAGGAGGGUAUUCUUGUCAGCAUGUCCGACAUGGCCAAGGAGAUCAAGGUUCGGCUUCAGCGCAAGCGAGAGCUUGACGAGAUGACCAGACAAGCCGAGGGCCUGAGGGUUGUCCAUGGUAUCAAGGGCGAUGAGGUAAAGAAUGCAGAGAAAGAAGUUGAGGAUGCCAACCCUGAAACCACACCAGCAGCAGUCGAGGCGACUCCAGGGACGGAAGAGCCAGCUCACAGCAGUUCGACAUACGCUUCCGAUCGACACGGCGGUGCUCUAGGGUUCUACUACCUAUCUGUUGAAAAGCAUCCAGCCUCCAACGCUGGGGCUUUUGAGGACGUUACCACGAACGAGCAACAAUGGAGACUGCGCACGUCUUGCCGCGACCAAUCUCUCCCCGCUUACGGCUCCAGCCGACGUUCUCGAGCAGAGGGGCUUGGAUGGCGACCCCGAAGUUGA